AUGUCGACUGAUGAUGGUCGGGGCGUCAAACAGCAGUUUUCGGGUUUCAACUUUUUAAAAAUUUAUCAAGUUUAUGAAAGAAAAAGCGAUCUCAAUGGCCACGUUGGAGAGAAAACAGAUGGUUUUGACAACGUACAUGGCGGUUUUGGCUAUGGAGAACGGAAUGAAGAUGGCAACCGCACCCUUGAGUUUGCUGACAGUCACAGCAAAUUCAAGGAUGCGGUAGCCAUCUUCAUUCCGUUCUCCAUAGCCAAAACCGUCAUGUACGUUGUCAAAACCAUCUGUUUUCUCUCCAACGUGGCCAAUGAGAUCGCUUCAGAUUUUGGUAUUGUUUAA